AUGAAGACCUCUAUUAUCGCCUCUCUUGCCAUCGCCACUUUGGCUGCCGCUUCUCCACAGCGCCCUGCCAAUGCUCCCGCCGGACCUUGGCCAACAGCAGACUCGUCGGCCUACUCCGAAUUUCAAUCCUGGACCUCCGCCGCAAGCCUGACCGCAUGGCCCACCGCCAGCAGUCAAUGGGCCUCAGUAACUUCCGCCCACCCAUUGCCCACUGGUCUGUCCUCCUACGCAUCUAGCUGGUCGAGCUUGUGGACCGCUACUGGUACCGGCGCCUGGGGCCCUGGUAUUACCGACCCUGCUGUCCACGGCGGCCCUGGCGGCUGGCACGGCGGUGCUGGCGGCCACGGUCCCUUCGGCGGCGCCAAUGGCUGGGGUCAGGGCCCGUGGAACAGCAACGGCGACUGGACUACUGGCGCAUGGACGAGCUGGUGGGGAACCGGCGCUUGCCCUCCUAGCACAUGGCCUGGUUGGACCGAGUCUUCCUGGUCGACUGCGGCCCCGUGGACUUCCUGGACCUCUUGCACCGCCUCGACCACUUCCACCGGCGUCUAUACUUCUACCAACACCAAUGGCGUGGUUGAGACUCUUUCGACUUACGGUAUCCGCGUCGCGCAAGCAGCCACUGACAUCUCCUCCGGCGCGGCUGCUAAGCCGACUAACUAUGCUGGUGUGAUGGGCAGCGCUGCUGGAGUUCUGGGAGUCGUUGCCGGUGCUCUGCUGUUGUAA